CUUGGAGCAUCCCUGGCCCAGAGCUCCCCUGCAGCUGGUGGCCAAACAGCCUCCUCCCAUCCUUGCUAUCUUCCAGGUAGUUCAGAGUUUGAGGCCUCCAAGGUCCAACGCAUUUUGCCUGCCGGUAAAAGAAGAACCAGCCUCCUCCUGCCCGCUCUCUCCUGCCUGUGUGUGUAUUUGCAGACCUCCCCUCAUCUGGAACUCAGCUGCUAAGAACAGCCAGGACAUAUCUUUGGGAUGUUUUAACUCGGGGAGUCACCAUCUCUAUCACACAAGAACGGCAUCUACCAUCCCAACACCAUAUUAUUCUGCUUGGAUUGGUUACUGCAGCAUCAGAGUGACUUGCCAGUGGUUCAGUUAGAGACCUCUGGGGGACUUGGGCCUGGAUUUGAACAUACAGUAUCAUUUCCCACCCCAUUUCCCUAUCCAUUUGUUAGUGCUGGAGGCAGGCAUUGGGUGGCCCUGCCCAGAGGGAAACAGUUCCAAGGAAGGCUAUCAGUUGGCAAUCUAUCUCUGCAAACCACUUGCUAUUGUUCUCUUUUUCCUUCUCUCAAAACAGCUGCCUUGUGUUGAUCCUGCUGCAAUUCUCUUGCAUCACGGCCUCCUCAUUUCUAGUGGUGGGACUGUCUGAGCCAUUUAUGGCCCCUCUGAGAGCAGCAACUCUUACCUGCAGUCUAUGGUCUCUGGUCCUGGGGGAAGAAGGUUGCUAAGCCCAGUUGCAGAGGAAGAGGAGCAAAAACUUCUUCCCCUCUUAAUUGUCCACAACUUCUCUUUCCAUGGUCUUUUGGAUGGCCUGAGUGCUUGUUCCAAAUGGAUAGCAGAGAUCCUCCCUUCCCUGGGGUACCGUCAUGCCCUCGCGCACUGACUCCAGCUAUUCACUGACCACUCGCACGCCACGAAGCUUCACUCACCUGCGUGUUCGUCGUGCCUGGCUGCAGAUUAUCCUUCUCCUUGGCUUCAUCCAGAUGAUCCUAGGGGUCUUGAUUGUGACUCUGAGUCUGUUGGUGACCACCACCGUAUCUUCGCAAAACAGCAUCCGAACUUCUUGCCCCAUUUGGGCUGGUUUUCCGUUGGCAUUCUCUGGAGUGGUUGGCAUUGUGUCGUGGAGACGCCCUUUCACUCCCGUGAUUACCUUCUUCACCCUUCUCUCAGUCCUAGGGAUUAUGCUUAGCCUGGCUGGCUCCAUCCUUUCCUGCCAGCAUGCCCAGCAGGUGAAGUCCCAGGAGGUUUGUGAGCGGCUGAGACGAGAAGACUCUUCACUCUUGAAAGAGCCUGGGUGGCGACCCAGCAGUGGUUAUUUUUCCCAGAUCAAAUCCCCCACUGAACAAAUCAAGCAGUGCAAUUACUACUCUGAAUCUAUCUGCACAAGUAGUACAGAACGCGUUCCCAAUUGUUCCAGACUUCUUUUGGUAAUCAAGGACCUACUCUUCAGUGUUUGUGGCCUGACGAUUUUCGCCAUCGUGGUAUGCACCCUUUCUGCCAUAAUGUGUUGCAUCCAAAUCUUUUCUGUGGACAUCCUCCAUGCGCUUUCCCCUCCACGUUCCAGCUCUGUGACGUUGGACUGCACCUCUCCCCCAGACACUUUCUUGCCCCAUAUGCUGGACCUGGAUGAGUUUGUACCUCCGGUGCCGCCACCUCCAUAUUAUCCACCGGAGUAUACCUGCAGUUCAGAGACAGAUGCCCAAAGCAUUACCUACAAUGGCUCCAUGGACAGCCCGGUGCCUCUCUAUCCGACUGACUUCCCUCCUAGUUAUGAAGCAGUCAUGGGACUUCACGGGGACAGCCAGGUGACGCUGUUUGACUCACAGUUUACAGAUACCUCACAUGGCCCCUGCUCCUGUAACCGGGUCCCUUCUGUUGUGCUUAGCGGUGAAGCAGUUUCCAUGGACAGUGGCUCCCUCAUCAUGUCUGAAAUUGUGGACAUCCCAGGUGAAAGCAGCCCAUCAGAGGACUCCUGCCUGUUGGAAGGAAGUGGCUCUGCCUGCUCUGUAGACUAUAUCUUGUUCCGCUCCAUCCAACGCAGCCGGGCUGAUUAUUGUCUGAGUGUGGACUGUGGACAGUGUGGCCUGCAUCCUCAAGGUCCUUUUGAGGAGACACCCCAGGCACGCCUGCGUGGGGAACGUUCCUAUUCUUGCUCUACACCAGGCAUGGGUUACGAGGGCUUGCUGGAAGUAAGCAGUGCCCUUACUCACAGUUGCCAUCGCCUGGAAGGCUUGGGCCACAACGUAGGACCUUGCUUCCCUGAGGUGCGUGUCAAGGCCAAGACUUCCCUGGCAGGACGCAAAGGGCCUGGGAGACAGCGCCGGAGCAGUGAAGCUUCUUACCGCCUUCCUUCAGUCCAAUGUCCCCUGGUGAGGUCACACAGCGAUCCUGGAAUUACUGUGGCCAGUGAUGAAGGUGACUUCCAGGAGGUAUUCUGCACCAAAGUGUUAGAGGACAACAGGGCCACCUCUUCAGCAGAUACAGGACCUUCUUCGGAGGCUUGCCUUUUGUAUCCAUCCCAUCAUGGACCAGCCUCACAGGUUCAUUUGGCAGGGAAGGUCAAGCUGGAAGUGCCAUUGAAAGUACCAGUGCAUCUUCCCAAGGCUGCCACGCGCUCUCUGGGAGACCUGAAGAUGUGCCGUGGGACCCGUGGUAUCAUGGCUCGUUUUCUGCACAGAUCCAAACGCAACCUGGCUUAUGCAGGCCUGGAAACAUCUCCACACAGUGGCACACAGAGCAGCAAGCAGGUAUCUCGGUUGCGGAUCAAACAGAUCUCUCCAGAAGGGAUUCACUUGCAAAGCUGUGGAGAUCUAAGCUCUACCUCAUCCUUGCGUCGCCUAUUAUCGAGCCACAGGAAGGAGCGAAGGCGCCCCCGCAGCCUUAGUGGACUGGCCAGAGAGAGCAACCUGUGAGGGUCAGUUUGGUUGGCAUGCCCUUUCUGCUGACAACUCUUCUGGCUUCUUUGUGGUGUUGCCCAUGGACUGGAUGCCUGGAAGACCUGGACUGGGUUUUUUUCAACAUCAUCUCUUGCCUCAGUUUGGGCAGAGUGAAAAUGCUAAUGGUAUGUGGGGGGAUCCUCCCUUCUGAAUUAUGCAACUGCAGCACUGGUGAACUGCCUUUUUGCUUUUGAUGAACCCUCUUAGAGAACAAUCUUUCCAGCUAUCUUCUAAACCAAAGGCCCUGGAGACCUGUCUCAUGCACUGGUUGGCACCCCAGUUGUUGGUGUGUACUAGUGAUUCUGAUGCAUGAUAGUGAUGGCUUCUCUUACACUCACAGUAUGCAUGCUAGGAAAGGUGGACUGCCAGCCUGCUCUUUCACCUUGAUGAUCCCCACCAAACCCUAAUAUUUUGUAAGUGAUCCUGGCUUAGCAGCGAUGUAAUGUCAAGUCCUGGAGCAUCCUACUUGUCUGGCCUGAAAAUGUGGGUCUCUUUCAUAUACACAAUAAUAACACUUGGAUAGCACUUGAAUCGCUGGGGCUCUGUCUUAUUGGAUCCUCGGAUUUGUAAUUUGGGAAGGCACUGGAGCUGUUUCAAGAAACUACAGAUCCCAGGAUUCCAUAGGAUGGCACCAUUGCAGUUAAAGUGUAUCAAUGUCCUAUAAUUGUGUCAUAUGAACACUCCCCUUCUUAUCUAAACAAAGGCCU